AAUUCAACUUCUAAGGGUUAAUUAUUAGUACCAUAUCAGAUAAAAUUGUCUUUGCAUCGAUCCACUUUUUACAGCAAUUAGUUCCUUAUGCUGCAGGUUUACAAUUCAGAUAGUAAUAUUAGGGAUUCACUGAUACGGGAAUAUGGGACGGUGCCAAUUUCUGAUGUUGUUUAUGUACAUAUGUGCCAAUGCUGAUACAUACACACUUAUAAAAUGUAGGAAUUAGGACCACCUCUGCAUGGAUUAUUAUUACUGAGAGAUACAACAUUUUUUGUGAAGGACUGACAAUGCAGUCAAAUAAAUUACUAAUUUAGUGCAUUAGUUCAGCAUCACCUAAACAUUCUGGUCUUUCGAAGUAAAUAUCAUAAAAAGUCACCAAAUAUUGGUUUGAACGAUCAAUCAAAACUAAACAUCUGUCUAGUGCCAAUAAUUGUUUUAAGCAGUUGUCUGCUGAGAGCAGUAUAAUUAUGAUGUCAUUGUGCAUUCCUACUCAAAACUUAUGAUUCAGUAACUACUAUAAAUUAUUCUGGAAAUAAAGUGUCCAUUCUGUUGGUAUGAGAGUAAAGAAUUGAGAUAUGGACAAUUUACAAAGCCUAAGCCUUCGGCAUUUAUUAAUUAAUUCAUUUAUUUAGAACACAGCACCCCCAAUAGUUGGCUAAAAGACAUUGCAUGCAACUCUUCUUGUCACUUCCUACUGUGAAUCGCCUUUACAGCCAGACUUAAUCAGUAUGGCCUUUGUUAUUUAACCACUAUUUCCUCCAACCUGCUGACCUCCAACGUGACAACGCAGAAGCAUUUCACUGCAGUGAUCCAUUAAACAGUCGUGAAGGUGCUGGAAAUGCUACAAGUCUCAAGGUCCCAAGACUCUUAUGACAGGCUCUGUUCCUGUAAAUUCCCAGAGAAUUACUUUAUCUGUCUUCCUAUUCACCCAUGAACGAGUGACUCAUAACUGCAGUAUAUAAGCAAUGAGUAUAUAAGUCAGACCGUGAAGCUGAUGUUUAUUUUUCUCUGCUCCUUCAGGUCAGGAGUCCAAAGUAACAGGCCACAGAUUUUCAUCAAGGCCUUAAUCAAUUACUUCAUUAAGGAUUGUUAGUCUAGGCAGUUGCAUAAUUUUGAACUUUUUUACUAAUUUUUUGAGUAGUUUUAUAGUCUGUUCAUCCAUGUUGCUGGAAAACUCCUCCUCCUCCCUUGUUUGGCCCCUCCUCUUUUUCAUCUCUCUCCAUCCAAGUGGCUGUGUGCCCAUUGACAGCGUGUUGGUGCCGUUUGCAGGCCUGGUCAGAGAGCGUCUGCUCUACACAGAUGGCAGGAAUCAGGGUUUUUUCCUGGAGAUUGUUGCCGAUGGCUCUGUGCGGGCAUCCCCUGAUCCAAGCUCUAACUGUGUGCUGGAGCUGCGGUCAGUGAAGCCAGGAGAGACCGUCAUUCGUGGAGUAGCCGCCUCUCUCUUCCUGUGUGUGAACCCAGCUGGACAUCUCAGAGGACAGUGGCAUUACGCUGAAGAAGACUGUACCUUCAGGGAGCUGCUGGUGGACUCAUACACUAUGUUUCUCUCCCCACACACCAGUCUUCCUGUCUCACUCCGUUCCAAACGGUCAGGGAAGAAGCGAGGUCAUUUACAUUUAUCUCACUUCCUCCCAGUGAUAAACCCUGGGCUUCUUACAGAAGAGGAGGAUAGACAGGAGAUCGGCGUUGGGGAGGAGUCUGGUGUGAACUCGGAAGACCCAUUAGGGUUUGGCCGGAUGUCUCGGACACACUCCAUCGUCAGUCCAUCUAUGCACAGAAAAAAGAAGAGAUGAGGUCUGCAGUGACAGCCUCCAUUUCAGCCCAUAUUUAUUAAAGAGAAAACAUAUUGUAUUAUAUAUUUAUAAUAGACCUUUGACAUAUAAAACAGACAAAAACCCACAAAAAAUAUGUUUUUCUUUGUUAAAUAAUUUGUAAAUACACUUAUGUAUUUAUUAUCAUGUAUUUAUGGAUGUUCCACUGAAUUAUGUUUGUACUGUAUGUGUCCAUAAGAAAGAACAAACUGUUCUGAAAUGUUCAUUAAAAUGUUUUUUUAUGCUUA